AUGUCAGAAGGAGAACCCUGGAGUCGAAAGCUGGAUCACGAGGAAGAGCGGGGAGGCCAAGGCAGCGCUCGGGCCAGGCUGCUCUGGGUGUGCAGGCUCCAUUUCCCAGCAGCGCCAUAUUCGUGCUGCCCUUCCUUCGUCGUGGUUGAUAUUCCCCCCGUGGCUGGGGACUUGUGCCAGCGGGUUUCUGCAGCUUGGGCAGAGGGCUUGGCGGCAGGGCAGGAUGCAGGGCUCAGUUGGGGAUCCUCGUGCCAACCUAUACUUUGCAGGGCUUCAGUGUGCAGGGUCCAGGCGCUAGUGCAGGAAGGAGGCGUUACUAGAUUGGUCAAAGAAAGAAAAAGAGGAAGAACUCCCUUAAAGAGAAGGGUGCUAGCUGACGAUAGCUGGGCCCAGCGCCCCAAGAUCGAGCCUUCCGGGAAGAGACUUCGGGCCUCUCGCCCCCUCCCUACCCCACCUGGGGCAGGCCGCAAGCCACCUCCUCCUGCGCACAGCCACCGAGCCUCUACCCUAGUCGCUGUCCGCCCAGAGCCCCUGAAGGGUCGACUGUCAGGCCGGCUGCCCGGACCUCGAGGUCCGCUGUUCGCCCCACACGUCCGAGCGUUGUCCUCACCGGAGCUAAGGAAGGCCCUGGGUGCCUGGCGUCUCCCCCCACUCCCCCUUUUUCCAAGGACCCGAGGAGCCAGGGGGCUGCGACACUCCAAGCCUAGAAUCCUGAGGCCAGAGUCCCGCGCCCGCCGGGAUCCACGUUUGGACCAGGCCAGAGCCUUGGGCUUCCUCCCCCGCAGGUGGGAAGGACUCAUGCUGGAGGAGAGGAGGCGACUGCUCCCUCAGGACCCAAGCAAAAGCCAGCUAGCCACUCGCGAUCGCCGCCGGGGUGACCGAUACCCACAUCGCCCGGAGCGGUUCGGUGGGCUCUGUCCUGACUUUACGCCUGGAAGAAAACUUCUUCAGGCUGGUUGUCCUCCUUUCCAACACAGCAGUGCCUGUCGCCCUUCCCGAGGACACCGACGGCUGUCACCCACCCUGAGGUGUUUGUCACCCAUCCAGCGGUACUUUAAAACCCGAACACAAACGCACACCAAAUUGGCACCUCCAAGUACGGGCUGUGCACACUGGCUCCCUCAAGCCCGCAGCUGGCUUCGGGUACUGUAGCGGUUACUUUUAUCACUGCACUCUUAAUCCGAUUUUGACUUUUGAAACUUUUCUGUUACAUUGAACAGUUCAUCUUUCACAGAUAUACGUUUCUACUUUCAUAGAGUUUAGAUUUUCAGAAAAAGAUUUCUCUCCCAGGCAGGAAAUACAGAUUUCUUUAAAAAAAAAAAAAUUCUGUUUGAAAAGUUGCAUUAUAAUGCAAGCUGCAAAUUUCUAGAGGCGGGAAGAGAAGGCUCCGUGGCUAGGCUCUCACGGUGCCAAGUGGUUGGUUUCAGGAGAUUCCUUCCCUGUGUUUUUGUAAAGUGCUAAAAACCAAAUUUCAAAAUGAAAUAGCCUUGUGCUGACUUGGAGAUAGUCCGCAGAAUUCAGAACUGAAAACAGUCUAGCUUCUGAUGCUGAGAAGGGUUCUUUUUUAAAAGGCUGUAAGACUUUUGAAAUUAAAUAGUCAAUAACGGGUGUAGACGUCUACAGCUUGGCAAUAAUCGACACUUGAGACCCCCGGUUUGUACUCUUGGGCUUGACCUCUUGGAAGUUCUUAGGCAGCCUUUCAUGCUUCCCCCUUUGUAGAAGCAUUUCCUGACUUCCCCAGUUCUAUUUAGUCAGGAGUUUUGUAAAAAUUAAAUUUCUAAAACCAUCUAGAAUAGAGUGUUUUGUGGAGUAUAACUAUGAGAUUGAUGCCUAAAGUACUUUGCUGUCUUCCCUCUUGGGAGAACGUCCCUCUAAAGUAAAAGUUGGGGGUUGUAGUUUUGACUGAUAGUCUAGCCACUCUGGAAUCCAGUCACUGGAUCUAACUGAUUUGAGUCUGAGGCCUACUUUUUCUUUACAAGCAUUGCAAAGUAUUUAUUAAAUUCUUAUGAGAAAGGAGGGUUUCUUGUCAGGAGACAGGUACUGAUCAAUGUUCGCAGUAAAACAAAAUCAUCCCAUUUAUGCAUGCUAUUUCUAACACUUAAUGUGUUAAGUAUUGCUGACUAAUACACAAUAAAGUAUCUUUAUUUGAUAGAUUUACCAUGUAAAAGAAAGCACAUGAUCUCUGUCCCAGAAUUCAGUGAAGUGGAAUUUUAAAUAGAGCCCUUACAUCUCUUCAAAAUUCAUUUGGACGACUAGGUGUUGCUAUCAGAAUAAUUUUUGAGGUAAUCUUUGGGAAUGCAAAAACAUGGAUUCACAAAUGCCCAGCAUGUGAUAGUCAAUUUCUUGUAAUACACUCUUUACAAACAACUAUGGUUUUUUUUUGUUUUAAACAUUAUCUCUUGGUAUAUAUGUCAUCCAAAAGUUUCAUGUUACAAUGUUGAAAUGUCUUCAUGAAAGACAUUUCUUUACAAUUAACUUCUUUGUUAAAGUUGCAAAUCAUACCUACUUUGGCCAUUGAUAUAUGGCCAAAUCUAUGUAUAUUCAAUGUUCCUUGCUUACAUCCUGUAGACUUCAAAUUUCAAGUAUUUACACUCUUGAUACUUUGAAGUACAUUUCCUUAAAUGCCAGAUGCUCAUGUAUCAGUACACAGAAUAAUUCAGGCAUUUCAUGUAAAAAAAAGUCUUACUAAUAUAAGUUUGUUCUCCACAGCCUCUCCCAGUCUACUGCUUUAUUAAAUGUCUUAGUUGUGUCUGCUUCACAGCAAAUACUAUCAAACAGCUUAAAUGAAUCGAGUUAUUCUCAUCUCCCUUUCUCAUGUUCCAUGCUGUUUCUUGUUUUUAUGAGAAAUUGACAUCAUUGAUGGAUGUUAACAGUCUUGCAACUAAAACCAUGAAAACACUGUAUUCACUUAUCUAAUAAUAUAUUGAAUUUUUGAGAUCUAGUAGCACCUGAGCACUGAAUAUCUUCAAAAUAUUUUCUGUUCUGUAGGAAGCUAAUCAUUGUAACUCUUUAUGUUACCUGGGAAUUUAGAAAUAGUAAUCUCUUAAUGCUUGUCAUACAUGUUUCUUGCUUUAGGGGAGCUAAAUCAGACAGAAAAUAUUCUAAGGGGAAAAUCCUAUUCAGCAGGGGUGGUGGGAAGGGAGGAGGGGGCAUUGAAGUGACUUUUUAUUGUCUGCAUGUUUGCUUGCAAGCAAUUUUUGUUUGCUUUCACAUAAAAUUGUGAUAAUUCAAUGCUUCAGCAACAAUAAGAUAGUUUAAAGACCUAAACAUUUUUUUAAAGCAAAAGAUUAAUAGUCAGCCAAAAUCUUAGUUUCUCAUGUCAUAAAAAUAAUUACCCAUAAGCUGUUGGUCUUAAGCUACAUGAGUGAAAAGUUUACAGAAAAUUACAGGAAAAUAUCCUGGUCAUGUUGCUGAAUGGCCGAGUUUUCAGACUAUAAAUGCAGUGUUUGUAAAAGCCAGGGAACUUUACAGUGGUUUCCAUAUGUUGUCCUGUGUUAUUUUAAAUUCUCUUCAUUAUAGCACAAACCUUCUGAACUGACUUCUUUUUAAGCACAUAGAGUAGCUGACUUUGUGUGUUGUGAAUAAGAAGUUACUGAAUCCAAACACAAUGACAGCUCAGUUUCCUAAGUCAAUUGUGUGCUCUGUUAGGAGAUAUGUAGCAGUUAGCUCAUUGGCCCAGGACAGCAAAGUUUCCUUACAUAGCAGACCAUGAGCUGUUUUCAGGUGCUGUCCAAUUAACUGUCCUCUAAGUUGAUUUUGCUUACUUUUAUAAUUGCUUCUCUAAUGAGGGAUUAAUGGUUACCUACUUUAAAAACUGAACAACCUGGUUAAAUACACACACAGUUAUAGAAGUCAUAGUCAUCCUUAUGAACCCUGUGAAAUGGCAUCUUGAAAUUGUGAUUGGAGCUCUCAUUUAGAACACUGAGCCCCAAGCACUAUACUUUUGCCUGUCUUAUAACAUGCCAGUUCUCACAGAGGUACAGAAAUAUGCAAAAUGAAACAGAUAUAUAGAUACUUCUAAAAUUUCGAGAGGGAGUUUGAUAAAAGAAAAGAAAAGAAAAUUCUAGAAGCCUAGCAGGGAUGCAGAAUUCUCUGCCUCCUCUACAAGUGGGAUCAGUAAAUUCAAGAGCAGUUGACUACAACAAUUGUGUAAUUUGAAAGUGUGAACCUAAGUGAAAUUCAUACAUUCAGGAGAAAGCUCAUACACAGUUAUCGUUUAUAUCAUUAAGUGUCACAGUAAAUGUGGGUAGGAAGAGGGUAGAACAUGUGCAGCCAUGGAGUCCUUAACAUGAGUGGGAGAGGAGAGAGGGAAGCAGUGGGGGGAGGGACAGACAAGGGACUGAAUUGUCGAAUAAGGGAGGCAAUCAAAUUUGCUUACCAUUUUGCCUGGUCAAAAUCAACUCACUAGAUAAUGCCUUGUGAAAAAUUAACACUUAAAUGAUCUAUAAUCAGCCCAUUUGGUGCAGUUCCUUUUUUUUAAUGGGCAAUAAAGAUGUUAGCACAAAGUAUAAUGGGAAAAAAUGAAUUAAUUAAAGAUUUCAGGCACAAGCUUAAGUGUAAAAUAGAUCAUUAAAUAAAAAGUGAAAUAUUAGUUUGCUUGUGUGUUUGGCAACCAGAUAACUUAUCUGUCUACAGAAAUCAAAUUAACCAUAUUAAUGUUAGAUUUCGGUUUUAUGCAAAUGAUAUGAAUAAAUAUCACAGCCAGA